CUGAGCUUUGUGUGUAUAAAGUGGUGCGUGCGCAUGUCACCAUCCGCUGGGGACAGCACUCCGAAAUGCAAAAGAUGGCCGGAAUCGAGGGAGAAGGGUGACGGAGGGAAGAGGAGGAACGAGAGCGAGCAAAAAAAAAGGCCUCUAUCUGGAGAGACAGAAAGCAAAAACAGAGAAUCAUGUGUCAGAGGCAGCGCUGAAGUGAGAGAGAGAGAGAGAGUGUGAGCGGACGGACGAAGGACCAAGCGAGAGAGAGAGAGAGAGAGAGAGCGCGUCACCGCGAGAGCCGAUCUUGCCCUCCGUCUUUACACACUGCUGCCUGUGUGUGUGUGUGUGUCGUCUCUCCCGCACGCACACACACACACAGACACACACAGUCGCACGCACACACUCUCCCUCUCUCUCUGACACACACACACACACACACAGAACGAGGGAGAGGGAGCGUGAGAGAGAGAGAGAGAACACAUCGCAGCAGACAUGCAGCAGCGGGCUUUUGAGGUUUUGGCGCGAGGUCAUGGUGUCCCGGACAGAAGUCUGGGACCCUUUCCACGCGGGCACGCUCUUGUCACAGCUGAAUGAACAGCGGCUGGCCGGCCCCACCCCGUUCUGUGACAUCACGCUCAUCGCCGCCAACGACACCAAGUUCUCUGCACACAAGAGCGUACUAGCUGCUUGCAGUCCCUACUUCCAACAGCUGCUGUCACCUUCUGCUCUGACACCUCCACCUCCCCCUCACCCCGUGGCUAGCCUCGGGAAGGACAGGGUGCUUGAGUUACCUCACCUUCAGCCGAAGGUACUGUCUGACCUACUGGACUACAUCUACACCUCUCGCGUCUCCCAGCAUUGCGCCAAGGGGACCAAGCGACUCUCUGAAGCAGGUCGUAGCCUGGGUGUGCCUUUCCUGGCUGGGCUAGUAGUGGGGGAGUCAAAUCAGAUGAAAAGCAAAAGCGGACUGGGCAAAAUCAACGGGAUGGAGGAAACGGACAAGGCGGAUGCCGCCAAGAGUGCAAGAACACCCCACUGUUUCCCCCUUGGCACGGUUUUCCCCAGCCUUGUACCAAAAAAGCACUGCACCUCCUCCCACUCACCGUCCUCCUCCCCAGCCUACUCUGAGGAGUCCCAGUGGAAGAUGGCCGCCUCCGUGGACAGCCAGCUGCAUCGCCUCCACAAAAGGCCCGAGAGCUCCCCGUCCCCCUCCUCGUUGUCUCCCAUCGACCUCACUGCACCUGCCAGGAAGGAUUCGCGAUCCUCACCAGCCUCUUCCAUGACCAGCGCUUCUCCACAAUUCCAGAGCCUUCCUCCACCGCCCCACCCCGGACAGCUGCUGGUCUAUCCAAAGAAGGGGAUGGGUGACAGCUUCCCUGCAGGCGUAGACUCUGAGCGCUCUACCGCAGAGACAGCGCAGAUUCUGUUCAACAUGAGCACUGCGGCCUUCCAGGGCCAUCGGCCCACUGAGCCAGAGCAGUGUCCAAGUGGGAAACAAGGAAGACCAGGUAGCCCGUCCAUGGGAUCAGGCCUUCCUCAGCCUGACCCUGAGCCACAAUCCUGCACACCUCCUCCCAUGCCUCCUAGCUCCGACCAGACAGCGCCAAAGUCCGAGCUGCUGUGUGGGGUCUGCCACCGUCUAUUCAGCUCCGCUUCGUCCCUCACCGUCCACAUGAGGCUGCACCGGGGAGGGCGGGCGCUCAGCUGUCGGCACUGUGGCAAAGCCUUCAUCCACAACAAGAGGCUCCAGUCCCAUGAGGCCGUCUGCAGACAGGCUCCUCCCAUCCUACCCGUUCAGACAAAGCAAGAGCCACUAGAAGAGGGGGAAGAGGAGGCAGCAAGAGGAGGAGAGACAGAGGACCAGUCUGACCAAGGCCGCGUGGGACCUGGACGACCCGUGAAGAAAGGACGGGGCUUCCUCGGGCGACACCACCGUAGCUUCCCCCGAGUAGACCUACUCGCCGAGGAGGACCACUUUGUGAAAGUGGUGGAUGGACACAUCAUUUACUUCUGUGCUGUCUGUGAGCGUUCCUACAUGACACUCUCCAGCCUCAAGCGUCACUCCAAUGUUCACUCCUGGCGGCGCAAGUACCCCUGCCGCUUCUGCGACAAGGUCUUCGCCCUGGCCGAAUACCGCACCAAGCACGAGGUCUGGCACACCGGCGAACGCCGUUACCAGUGCAUCUUCUGCUGGGAGGCAUUCGCCACCUAUUAUAACCUCAAGACACAUCAGAAGGCCCUCCAUGGUAUCAGCCCUGGUCUCAUCUCUAGCGAGAAGACGGCCAAUGGUGGCUACAAGCAGAAGGCUAACGCUCUGAAGCUGUACCGCUUGCUGCCCAUGCGAUCCCAGAAGAGGCCUUACAAAACCUACAGUCAGACCCUUGCUGAUAGCCUACUUUUGCCCCCUGACUCUGCUAUGCCUCUGCCUUUGCCCCUGGACUGCAGUCUACCCACCUCCCUGGAUCCUGAUGAGCUGCGCUCACUCAUGGGAGAUGACCAUAGACAGGGCUUGCAGCCUGACCCCACCAACUUCCCGUUCAGACUAGGCUCUGGGGGUUUGGAUCAAGGGGAAACCUCUAAGGUUUCCUCUGCUUCAUUGGAUAAGCCCGUAAGGACGGCCGAGGAUGAGACAUCCAAGGAAGAUUCUGUGGGCAGCAGCAGCAGCAGCAACCUUGAAUUGCCUAAGGGGAACUCUGGCUCCAAAGCGGCGGUCUCCUCUGUUAUCACUUAUGGACAUCCUAAGCCUUCAGUCAUUGUCCAUGGCACAGCUGUCUCCUCCUCUGUCAUCGUGCACAGCAACCAGAUAACCUCCGGGGUUGGCACAAACUUCCACAACAGCUCCUCCCCAGAACCCAGCAAUAGUCAGCUGUCCCCUAAGGCCACUCAUCGGCCCAUGAAAAAGCAUAUGUUGAAGGAAUACAUCCAGGCACAGAGGCAGGGCUUGUGGGAGGAAGAGGGCUCAGCUACCACAGAGAAUCUCGGAAGCACAGAGGCAAUCGAUGAGGAAGAAAAGGGGAGGCACUCAAAGGGGCGCAAGGCACACAGCAAGAGCAUAACCUACAUGGCGAAGCCGGCCUGCAUGGCUGGUGUAUCCGAGGUGAGGGGCGUCGCUCCUCUUUGUCAGAUUACGGUGCGUAUUGGGGAGGAAGCCAUCGUCAAGAGAAGAAUCUCCGAAACGGACCUCAUGAGGGAUAAAAGCCCUCCCCCGUCCACUAAAUCAAGAAAGACUGAUCCUGUACCACAGGAUGCAACCAAGCCCCAGCACGCACAUCACCACCACCAUCGGCACAGGCAUCGCCCACACCGUGACACCAGCAAGCAGCUGGAAGUGGAGACCAAGAAAAAAAACCAAAAACCCCCCAAAUCCCCCAGCAAGGUCCGAGAGUACUACUUCCGCCAGGAGGUACGCGAGGAGGACAGUGACCAGGAUACGGAGGAUAACCUGUGGCGACCAUAUUACACCUACAAGCCCAAGCGCAAGACGCUUCAUGUGCAGAGGGUGAAGAAGUCCUCCUGGCACCGCAAACUGCGAUACAAGCGCUCUCUUAGACUGAUGAAGAGGGCAGAAAAAAUCAUGGACCACAGCAUCAAAGGGGAGGAUGAGGAAAAGGAUGAUGAGGACGAUGAGGAUGACGAUGAUGAUGAUGAAGAUGAGGAGGGUGUGGAUGACGAGGAGAACGAGGGAAUGAGGAAGGAAGGAGUAGAGAACAGGCACUCUGUUGAUAUUACAAAUGGCAGUCCGAUUUCCACUAAUGAACAGCAAGGUUGGGACACAAAAAAUAAAAAGUCAGAUUGUGGACUCAGCCCGACUUUAACCCCUACCCAGGUCUUUCCAAAAGUAUCCUGUCCUUCUCCAAUCAGACAGGACAGGCACGAGCCGAUGGGGCACUCACCCGAAUGUGGAACCUGUGGAAGGCGGUUUUCCACCACUCGGAAGAGGGACAAGCAUGAGCUGACACACCUUCUGGAAUUUGUAUGUUUACUCUGUCGAGAAACCUUCUCAUCCCAGGCCCGGCUGGAGAAACACCAGAGGGCCCAGCACAUUGCCCCUGAGCAGUCGUCUUCCACAUUGCAAAACCGUGACUUGGACCCAGAGAUGGAGAUAGAGAGGGUUGGGCAAGAAAAGGGUAGCCCAGGGCGUGUGGGCAGAAGGCCUUCUGUUAGGCACGUUUGUCCGCACUGCUCUAAGGUGUGCAAGACCGCCGCUGCACUGGGGCGCCAUGCCAAACUCCAUGAGUCAGGCAGUCCUGCUGCAGAGGACGAUUCAGAAUGUGGGGCUCUUGCUCCAGAAAAGGAGAUGCCACCACCAGGGACUACUGACUCAGAUAUGAAGACAGAAUAUGCUCAGUCCAUUCCAGUUAUCAGCUACCCUGCAUCAAUCUCACAGACAAAUGGCAGCUCUGAUGCCCAAACAGCAAAUUUUGAGCAUCCUGGAAAAGCAGAGGCAGAACCACAAAAUCUGGGAAGCAGGGGCAGUUCAGAGCACAGAAACAAUGGUCUAGCUACUGAUCGAAACCCGAGUCCACGCGGUGAGCCUCCUCGCUCCGUCCCUGGCCCAUCUUCUAACCUUCAGAGUGUGUUGGUCCUCAAAGGAAAAGAAUCCAUAGAUACAACCCAUUCUUUCAGAACACAGAGAGAGAGAAGCCCAGAAGGGAAGGACAGCCAGAGGAACAGCCCAGCCCAGAAAGACAAGAAAUCUGACACUUCUCCAGACGUGGCGAUGAAGCUGCAAGCUCGGAUGGAAUCUGCUGCUGCAGCGCCUAUAACAAUGGCUGCUGGUGGGAGGGGUGGGGUGGUCUGCACGGGUGCUGCAGAUCAGGAGAUCGAGAGCAGUCUCGGCCGAGGGGUCAAGAGGCUGCAUAGCGAGAUGGACGAUUCCAGGGCGGCUCAAAAUCUCAGGGCGACGGCCCUGUCCAAAAGCCCGAAUCCCAGCCAAGCACAGGACCUGACAAUGCCGUCCGUCGUGCUGAGAGAAAGGGAGCUAACUCAGCAGGCUAAGGCAAACACAGGCAUGGACCAGAGGGAGGUGACCCUGCUGGUGCCUAAACAAGAGGUGGAGACUCCGGAAUAUUCUGUUGCUCAGACCACUGUAACCAGCACCCCGCAGAAAGCCCUCAAGUCACCACGCUGCUCCCCGCAUGCUACAGACCUCCUGGCAAGAGCGCAUUUGGAGGCCUCCCCAUCUCCACGGGGGGGCCGCGCUUCCGAGAGGCCUCUGCUCCUGCAGCCUCCAUUCUCAUCCCGAGCGAACGAUCGCCCAUCUGCACAUGCCCUUCUACUUCCUCGAGCCCCCCCGCCGGAGACUAAGGCCGAGGAGGACACCUCCAUGGGCUCCCACGGAGAAGCUGGGUACCCUGUCCAGGAGUUCCCCCUGCCCCUCAUUGUGCCUGGGGGCUGCCGUUCGAGUAAGAAACAUGAAGACAACAUCCUAGUGUCCUACCCCGCCAGCCCCAUCCCUUUUGGCCCCUUGGGGAAGAUGGUUGCCAAUGGGGACCUGGCUAAACUGCCCUUUUACCCUGACCCGUAUCAGCUUCUGUAUGGUCCACAGCUGCUUCCCUACCCUUACAGCUUAGCUGCCCUGCCCAUGGCCCUGAACAUGAUGGCCCCGGGGGACAAGGUGGAGCCGUUACCCUUCCUGCCUGCCCUCUUAAACUACGGCGCCAACCCUUAUGUGGGCGCAGUGCCGCACCCCCUGGUGGCCAAUCCCAGCCACUACGGCAGCAGCAGCGGCAGUGGCAAGAAGAGAGACAGCAGCAACCCAUAGGCCAGGGAUGCUCAGAGGAGGAAUAUUUAAAAAGGCGGGUGGGCUUUCUCGGUGGGGGGCGGGGGGGGGCUUGCUUUUUCCUUUGUGACUGAAUAUACUUGCUCAGUCCCUGCCUCUCUUUUGUAAAGUAGUGAUGAGACCUAGGCAAUUUUAGAGGAGGAGUAAAAGAGGCGAGGCUUUGGAGGGGGAAGUUAAAAGGGGGUGGUUGGAGGGAGGGAUAGGAUGGAGGACCUCUCCCCCCACCCCCAGUUUAUCUAGCACUUCCAGUACACCUCUCUCCUUUUAUCCUUUCUUUCUGUGGUAGUACUAGUGCUCGAUUAACUGUCCUCUCAGACUUGUUAUAAUAUUAAUAACUAUAAUAUAACAAUAAUUACAGCUAACAGGGUGUGUGUUUUGCAAAAAUUAGUUCCGUCUGCUUCCCUUUAUAGUGACUGCAAAAAGAAAAACAAAAAAAAAAAAAAUCCAAAAAAGAAAAACCUCACUUGAGGCUGGUAAAAUUUUAGGAGAGAAAAAGGAUGAGAGAGCAUCACUGCACACGACGGAGGUCAGAGGGCAACUGGGGCGGCGUGUUCAGUGUGUGUGUGUGUGUGUGUGUGUGUGUGUGUGUGUGUGUAUGUGUGCAGGUGCCCGCAUGGGUUUUCUGUGCGUGGGCAUGGGCCCCCCCCCCAACUUCAUUCCAAAAAGCCACAGUAAAGGCAGCCCGACAGGGGGAGUCAGAGGGGUGUGUCAUUUGCAGAGGAGCGGCCUGUGCCGUCGGGGGUGGCUGUACCUCGGCUUGGGGAGGGACGCCGGUUCGAGCUGAGGGUGAAGCGGUCCUCUGGUUUUACCUGUAAGGAGCUGCAGGUGCCCCACCCCACCCCCACCUUAACGUUUACGUAUAAGCUGUUAUAUUCCAGACUUGUAGCUGAGUUAAGCCCUGACGACUCCACAUGGGAACAGCCACUUGGGGUGAGCACACAGAGCAGGCACUCGGUCACGUACUUCCGACUCUCGUUACUCAUCUCAUCUCUUACUACGAUGAAAAGGGAAAAAAAUAUGACAAUAAAAAAGGAGAAGAAGACAGCGAUUUACCCUGAUUUAGAGAGCUUUUCUUUCAGUCCCCCGCGCCUCCCCGGUGUCCCCCCCCCCCAAAGACACGCUCUGUGUGCCAGGUCUGGGAGCAUGAGUGUGGGUGUGUAUGUGUGUGUGUGUGUGUGUGUGUGUGUGUCCAUGAAGAGGGAGGGAGCGUGUGAGAGAGAGCGAGCGAGAGAGGGAAGAAUUCAGUCUGAGCCUUGCGUUACUUCCUAGAGACACAUUUAAAGGGGUUGGGGCGUUCUGGCUUGAAUCGGAUUGCCCUAAGUAAGGACAAAAUAACUGAAAAAAAUGCGAAACUCAUCCCCCAAAAUGAGCAUAGGAUUGGGGGCAGUUUCUGUCAAGUUAUGAUUUCUGCAUCAGUAACAGCUGGGGGGGCUCGGCAGCGGAUGGAUACACUUCUCCCAUUUCUCCCGAAGUAGAUGAGGGUUUAGUAUCAUCUGCUGCAGAUGCCAUCCCCAGCUGGAAUGGGGUGGGGUGGGGCGGGGAGCACAGCCCAUCACGGUGGACUUCCCCGGUCCCUCGUGACCUCUCUUUCAUGUGUAUCUCCCUGUUUUUUUUUUUGUUUUAAUACACAACCUUCCGUUUGUUUUGCGGUUUUUUUUUCCUUGUUACCAGACAGAGAGUUCUGUAAAAAAGGGGUUUGCAUACACAGAAAAAAAAAUGAAUGUAAUUUAGUCACAAGGUUGAUGAAGUACAAAAAAGAAACAAAAAAAAAAACAAUAACAACUAAAAGUAGAUGGAUUAUGUUUUCUGACUUGAAUAAUAAUAUGUUAAAGAUCUACAGCCACUCUUGAAUGGUCUGGUAUAUAUACAGUAGUCCUGUAGGAACAUGUGUUGGGUUCUGUAUUUACAAAGCAUGAGCAAGACUUGCUUCUUUACAGUAUCAACUCUGGUAUGUCUUCACUUUCGUUUGUAUUAGUUACUACUCUCCCCUCCAUCUUUUGAUUCUUUUUUGGUCUCCAUCUAUAUUUCACCCCCCCCCCUCCCAUAUUUGCAAAAUUUGAAACCAAAAACAAAACAAGGCUUCCACGUGUUCAUGACCACAACGGGAGCUGUCCUUCUAAAACUCCACCCACUUUUUUUCUCCCCCAGCACUUUACCCCCCCCCCCCCCAAAACACCUUUUACGUUGCUGUGCCUGUACCAGAAGGUGAAGCCAUAGCACUCAUAUGGCUCGGGUGUGGUUACAAGCCUUUUGGUUCGUUAAAGAAAACAAAGAAAACGGUCAAAGGUCAAACAAACCUCCCCCGAUCUGGCGAACUUUUGCACUGGUGUGAAAAUUUGCACCUGUUUUUUAAAAAUUUAUUUUUAAAAAAGCAAAUUAAAAAGCAGGCCCUGUGUCUACAGCACAUUACUACUGACUUUUUCCUUGCAUUUUUUUUUGUUAACAAAUCCUAAAGAAACUCAACUUAUAUUAAUCGCACCGAUAGUUAUAUUUGUAUUUAUAGUCGUUUAUAUCCGUGUUUUGAAAAUGAAAGCAUUAAGAAAACCCUCAGAAUGGCUUCAUGUUAUGGUGACGUGAAUUGUGUGGGCCUGUGAUUAUGUCUCCAGACCCGACCAGUCAUGCUGUGUGUCCACACAUUUCCCACAACGGCGACCUUCAGGGGUUUUGCGCGCACAUGCCUGUUUGGCUCUCUAGUUGAUCAGGUGACUCAUGAGGUUGAGUGUUAGAACAGGAGGACCUGAUAUUCCUGUUUGUAGGGGUGAAAUUAUGUUAAGUUAAUUUUACCCUAAAUCACGUGGCAUUCCAUUUCUGUGCUUAAGUAUCGAUGCUGACUUCUGAGGACUGUGAGAGGUUGGUAAGCGAGCUCGAGUUUCUCGUCUCACGAGGAAGCUUGGAGGAGUCCAAUUAGGCAGGUGAAUUUGGGAAAUCUGCACCUACGUCGUGCUCUGACACUGGUCCAAAGUCGUAGUGGAGGGAGGGAGGUAGAACAGGCCGGUUACGAAUAUGGGAUAAAGUUCAGUUCUGCCACAGGUCUGACAAAGGCUUGUACCCACAAAUGACCCUACCGACCCCACCCUCUGUCUCUUCAUAAUUUUACUUCAUUCAUUCCUCAUUUUUUUCCUGUUUUCUUCCUUCCCGCUACAAUCAAACAAAUAAAGUAUUAACCUGAUGACCCA